AUGGCUUGUCCUUACCUGAUCGUCCCGUGCCGGGCGCUAGCUGAUCAAGCUACAGAGGGCGCCAUCGCAGCAGAACAAGGUCAAGGCACGCUAGCUUCCUGUCCGCACUGUCUCGCUGGUCCUGCACAAGUCAUCAUCCUGACGCUGCAUCAGAUGCCAGAAGGCUUCAAACACUACUUCACUCGCCUCGACAAGCAGCUCGACAGACUCAGAGAAGCCUGCAUCUUCCAGCAAAGCUACAUGACAGACCAUCUUCAGUAUCUCAAGCAGAUUGCCAUCAAGCAAAAGGCCACCCUGCUGCAAGUCAAGCCUCAGCUUGAGCUCGCGCGGGCUACGAAAAAACACUGCGAGCAGUUGCAAGCUGAGAACGAAGCUUUACGUGCUCGGCUGCAGCAACACGAGCAAGUACCGGUCCACAUGACCCCAGACCUGACUCGAGCACGUCCGUCCAGUCGCGCACCACAGGCCGCCUCUAGUCACCCGGCAGCUAUGACUAUGGGCUCGCACGAUCGUCUCAGUCUGCCACACGAUCCCAUUCGGACAGCUCCUCCCUCUUCGCGUUCAUCUGCCAUCGUGCCCUUCCGGCCACCUGAGAUCCACCGAUCUGCUUCUCUUGCGACCACACCAUCCAAGCGAUCACGCUAUACUCCUGCUGCAAAUCCUGCCCAUCUGCACACGAGCCCGAGCACGCGCUCAACGCCAAGGCCUUCUUCCGUGCUCAGACAGCCUAUGCCACUCAGGACGACUUCGGCGCUAGAGAGAUUCAGAUACACUUCGCCACGGUCUAUGAGCAGACAGUCUGGCAGCAGCGCGAUGCCCCCUCCGCCUCUUCCGUUCACACGGCGAGGCGUCAAUUAG